ACCCGGACCCAGCGCCGCGGAGUGUGUGAGUGAGUGAGUGUGUGUGUGUGAGCCGUGACUGUCGCGCUCUCGCCUCCUGCCGCAGCUCGUCCGGACUCGAGCCCGUGUCUUCGUGUCCCGGUGGUCUCGUGGGGCUCCGGGAGAGCUCGUGCUGCCCCCCUGCCCCGCUGACCCCCCCGCUGUCGACGCCUCGCGGCCGCUCCGCUCCGGACCACCGGCAGGAUGAUCGCCGCUCAGCUGCUGGCCUACUACUUCACCGAGCUGAAGGAUGACCAGCUCAAGAAGAUCGACAAGUACCUGUUCUCCAUGCGGUUCUCGGACGACACCCUGAAGGACCUGAUGAGCCGCUUCAAGCGGGAGAUGGAGGCGGGGCUAGGCCGCGACACCAACGCCACCGCCACCGUCAAGAUGCUGCCCACCUUCGUCCGCUCCAUCCCGCAGGGGUCGGAGAAGGGAGACUUCAUCGCCCUGGAUCUGGGCGGGUCCAACUUCCGGAUCCUGCGGGUCAAAGUGACGCAGGACAAGAAGCAGCCAGUCCAGAUGGAGAGCCAGGUGUACGAGACGCCCGACGACAUCAUCCACGGCAGCGGCUCCCAGCUGUUCGACCACGUGGCCGACUGCCUGGGAGACUUCAUGGAGAAGCAGAACAUCAAGGACAAGAAGCUUCCUGUGGGCUUCACCUUCUCCUUCCCCUGCGCCCAGACCAAGCUGGAUGAGGCGGUGCUGGUGACCUGGACGAAGAAGUUCAAGGCGAGCGGCGUGGAGGGGGCGGACGUGGUCAAGCUGCUGAACAAGGCCAUCCAGAAGCGCGGGGACUACGAGGCGGACAUCAUGGCGGUGGUGAACGACACGGUCGGCACCAUGAUGACCUGCGGCUUCGACGACCAGCGCUGCGAAGUGGGGAUCAUCAUCGGGACGGGGACCAACGCCUGCUACAUGGAGGAGCUGCGGCACAUCGACCUGGUGGAGGGCGACGAGGGCCGCAUGUGCAUCAACACGGAGUGGGGCGCCUUCGGGGACGACGGCUCGCUGGAGGACAUCCGCACCGAGUUCGACCGCGAGAUCGACCGCGGCUCGCUCAACCCGGGGAAGCAGCUGUUCGAGAAGAUGGCGAGCGGCAUGUACCUGGGCGAGCUGGUCCGCCUCAUCCUGGUCAAGAUGGCCAAAGAGGGGCUGCUGUUCGAGGGCCGCAUCACCCCGGAGCUGCUGACCCGCGGAACCUUCCAGACCAAGCACGUCUCCGCCAUCGAGAAGACGAAGGAGGGUCUGAAGAAGUGCAUGGAGAUCCUGACGCGGCUCGGCGUGGAGCCGUCCUCGGAGGACUGCCUGGCCGUCCAGCACGUCUGCACCAUCGUGUCCUUCCGCUCCGCCAACCUGAUCUCCGCCACGCUGGGCGCCAUCCUGCUGCGCCUGAAGGAGAACCGGGGCGCCGCCCGGCUGCGCACCACCGUGGGCAUCGACGGCUCGCUCUACAAGAUGCACCCGCAGUACGCUCGCCGUCUGCACAAGACGGUGCGGCGCCUGAUCCCGGACACGGACGUCCGCUUCCUGCUGUCGGAGAGCGGCAGCGCCAAGGGCGCCGCCAUGGUGACGGCGGUGGCGUACCGGCUGACGGAGCAGGCGCGGCAGAUCCAGCAGACGCUGGACGAGUUCCGGCUGAGCCAGGAGCAGCUGCUGCAGGUCAAGCAGCGCAUGAGGCAGGAGAUCCAGCGCGGCCUCGGCAAGGACUCGCACGCCGAUGCCACCGUCAAGAUGCUGCCCACCUUCGUCAGGAGCACGCCCGACGGAUCAGAGAACGGAGACUUCCUGGCUCUGGACCUCGGAGGGACGAACUUCCGGGUGCUGCUGGUGAAGAUCCGCAGCGGGAAGCGGCGCUCGGUGGAGAUGCACAACAAGAUCUACGCCAUUCCUAUCGAGGUCAUGCAGGGGACGGGAGAGGAGCUGUUUGACCACAUCGUCUUCUGCAUCUCGGACUUCCUGGACUACAUGGGGAUGAAGAGCGCCCGGCUGCCUCUGGGCUUCACCUUCUCCUUCCCGUGCCACCAGACCAGCCUGGACGCCGGGAUCCUCGUCACCUGGACCAAAGGAUUCAAGGCCACGGACUGCGAGGGCGAAGACGUGGUGGAGCUGCUGCGAGAAGCCAUCAAGAGGAAGGAGGAGUUCGAGCUGGACGUGGUCGCCAUCGUGAACGACACGGUGGGGACGAUGAUGACCUGCGCCUACGAGGAGCCCACCUGCGAGGUGGGGCUGAUCGCAGGAACCGGCAGCAACGCCUGCUACAUGGAGGAGAUGAGGAACAUCGAGACGGUGGACGGCAACGAGGGCCGCAUGUGCGUCAACAUGGAGUGGGGCGCCUUCGGGGACAACGGCUGCCUGGACGACAUCCGGACGCCGUACGACCAGGCGGUGGACGAGAACUCACUCAACGAGGGCAAGCAGAGCUUUGAGAAGAUGAUCAGUGGGAUGUACCUGGGGGAGAUCGUCCGGCAGAUCCUCAUCGACCUGACCAAGAGAGGCUUCCUGUUCCGGGGACAGAUCUCCGAGACGCUGAAGACCCGGGGCAUCUUCGAGACCAAGUUCCUGUCCCAGAUAGAGAGCGACCGCCUGGCGCUGCUGCAGGUGCGGGCCAUCCUGCAGCAGCUGGGCCUGGACAGCACCUGCGACGACAGCAUCAUCGUGAAGGAGGUGUGCGGCACCGUGUCGCGCCGCGCCGCGCAGAUCUGCGGCGCCGGCAUGGCCGCCGUGGUGGACAAGAUCCGGGAGAACCGCGGGCUGGACCACCUGGAGGUGACGGUGGGCGUGGACGGCACGCUGUACAAGCUCCACCCACACUUCUCGCGGAUCUUCCAGCAGACGGUGAAGGAUCUGGCCCCGAAGUGCGACGUGACCUUCCUGCUGUCGGAGGACGGCAGCGGCAAGGGCGCCGCGCUCAUCACCGCCGUGGGCUGCCGACAGCGCGAGCUGGACGCCCAGCAGCACUGAGCCGCGACCUGCGACCUUCCACCUCCACCCGCCGCACAGCCCGACUCCAUCCCCCCCCCCUCGGCAGCCGUGACUCCACCUCGCCCCCUACUGCUCCGCCGCAGCGCAGCGACCGGGACUGAGCCUCUGAAUAUUUAUUUCUCCUGCAUCUUAGGGUUCUGAUUUCCACGUCUGUACAUUUCCUCAACAGCUUGUCAAUAAUCUGAUCAAUCUCGACUCCCUGGGUGUGCAGUAUCUGUGUAUUGCUGAUUUUAUUUUUAUAUGGAGGCAAAUAUAGAGCUGUAUUUAUAUAUGCUGAGGCCACUUUGAAUCCAGAGCUCAUUCGAGUUUUGCACCAUGGAGCCCAGUAAGUCUGCACUUUUUAUAAGCCCGGUUCUCCCUGCAGCUGCCAGCCGGUCCCGGGACGGACGGACGCCGGUCCCGGGACGGACGGACGCCGGUCCCGGGACGGACGGACGCCGGUCCCGGGACGGACGCCAGUCCCGGGACGGACGCCGCUUCCUGCAGGCUUUCAAAAGGGCUUCGCUACAAGGGUAGAAUGCCGGAGUCACGGCUGUCCCCCUCAGCCCACUAACCCCCCCUGGUGUCCAUGUCCGCUGGCUCACUUCCCUGUGCAGCACCGGCUCGUCGAUCGGGACACGGCGGGAACCGAACCCGGCGGACAGGUCCUGCUCUGUCCUCCCGCCGUCUGUGAACUUCUCUGCUUUUGGUGUCGUGAUGAAUCGCCACUUCUCUCGGUUUAAUGUGCAAAGAAGAAAUGUUUAUCGGAGCGGAGUGGAAAUAGUGAGCGCUUCUGUGUAGCUGUGUGUCUUCCUGUUCUGACCUGUAGCUUUCAAUGGGGACUGCAUGCCUUACGUCACGCCCCGCCCCUGCCAAGCCCCUAGCCCCGCCCCCUGCAGCUUCUUUGUUCCUUUUCUGUUUUUUACAUCACGUAGAGUUGUGAUCAACACAGUAAAAAGUGACUUCAUUAAAUUAUAUUUUGUUGUGGAGUAAA